UCGUCCCAUGCUCCGUCAUGUGAUAUUCGUUGCUCGAGAAAAAGUUUCGUGAUCGCGUUGUCCACCUUUUUAUUUUUUAUUUCGCCCAAAGCACUUCGCGUCGAUCCUUUAAGCCUGCAAAAUGGUUUCCGAGUGGGUGCCCCCGAUCGUUAUCACCUGCAUUUGGGCCUUCAUCGGCAUUAUCUGCCCCUUUUUCGCCCGAGGACCCAACAGGGGGGUGACUCAAUGCUGUCUGAUGCUCACGGCAGCUACAUGCUGGUUGUUCUGGCUGUGCUGUUACAUGACGCAGCUGAACCCGCUGAUCGGACCCAAACUAAGCAUGAACGAAAUCAUGAUCAUGGCCCGCGAGUGGGGCAAUGAGAUCAAAGAUACCAUGGACGUCACCGUCUAAUCAUAAUGUAUUCGUUUCGCAUGUUCUGUUAUUGUUUCUUUACCCCGGAUGUUCUUGCAUUCUGUAUUAUUAAUUUUCAAUUUAAUGUUUAAAGCAUAAAAUAAAGUGUAUUAGCGAUUACGCUUUUGGAAAAGCUGUUGUAGAAAAUCAUAGAUAAACAAUAUAUUUGUAACUUAAGUACGACCAAAAAUGAAAAGUUAGCCUUGACUUUUGGCCAAGCAUUCCUGUUAACACAUGUGUCUUAAAAUGAAGAUUGAAACUUAAAAUAAAGUAAAUUUACACAAAACUAAA